AUGUCUGAAAAACAUUUACAAAGCGGCGAUUCACUGCCACCAUUUGCCGGAAAAUUGCGGUUAUUCGCAAUGAGAUUCUGUCCCUACGCCGAAAGAAGCGUUCUUUGUUUGAAUGCUAAAAAACUUCAAUAUGAUUUAGUUUUUAUAAAUUUAGAUCACAAACCAGAAUGGAUUUUCCAAUUCAGCCCAAAAGGAACAGUACCAGCUUUGGAGUAUGAGGAAGGUAAAGCCAUUUUUGACAGUAAUGUUAUCAAUGUCUACCUCGACGAGAAGUACCCUGAAAUACCACUCCAAAAUUCAGACCCAUUAAGAAGAGCUCAAGACAAAUUGCUCGUUGAAAUGUUUGCUGGGGCCCAAUCAGCAUACUACACUGCCGCAUUCAAUCCUCAAGCAGUUGAACCAAGCAUGGUUGAGAACUUCCAUAAAGGACUUGAACUUCUGCAAAAGGAAAUCCAGUCUCGGGGAACUAAAUUCUUAAAUGGGGAUGAACCUGGACUUGUUGAUUACACCAUUUGGCCAUUCUUGGAGAGGUUUGAAGCUCUUCCAAUCCUAGGAAAACAGGAAUUUGCCAUUGAAAAAUCAAAAUAUGAGAUUCUUCUGACAUACAUGGCAGCAAUGAGAGAAUCACCUGCCGUUAAAGCAUAUGCCUUAGCUCCUGACACCCACGCUAAGUUUACAGAGUCUCGUGUUAAAGGAGAUGCCAAUUACAAUAUGCUGGACACAAGCGCUGUGUGUUGCAUGAGACCAAGAAAGAAGAAGGAAUAA